AUGGGUUUUGGCAGGUCCGGCUCUGCCAGCAACAAGCUGGGGCGUCUGGCAUUGGGUCACCAGACCUGUCCACGGGGCUCUUACCUCUUCCUCGCACACACGUCUCCUUCCUCCUUUUCCCCUCCCUCACAUUCCCAGCUAGAGGAGUCUGCCCGUGAAAUGGUUCUGCCUCUGACCAGCUCUCUUUAUUUACUGACCUUUGCCACGGCUUGGCCACAGAGACCUGUUCAUGACGUUUCACAGUGGCAGAACCGUAACCGUCAGGCAGAAGGCAGAGCAGUGGAUGAAGCUUCCUCGGCCUUUGGAAUUGCCGUGACCUGCUGUCAGUUCUCACCGUUUGCCACCUCAUCAGCUAUUUUGAUUUAA